AGCUCUUCCGGGUCACUGCCGUCUUCGCCGGCUCCAGACUCCGCCCAUGGCCCGUCCUUCAGGCCUUGACUCCGCCCACGCAUGUGACGUAGAAUUUCCAGGCCGGGCUCCCUGAAGUGCCACCCACCAGCGCAACCGACGGGAGGCUGCUGCUAUGGGGCCGAGCGGCUGUGUGGCGCGGCUGCUCGCGCCACUAAUGUGGCGCAGGGCGGUUUCUUCGGUGGCGGGGUGCGCGGUUGGAGCUGAGCCCGGCCUUCGGCUGCUGGCCGUGCAGCGGCUUCCCGUAGGAGCAGCGUUCUGCCGGGCUUGCCAGACCCCAAACUUUGUCCGCGGCCUGCACAGCGAGCCUGGCCUGGAGGAGCGGGCGGAGAGGACGGUAGACGAGGGACGCCCAGUAUCGGACGCGGCAGAUCAUACUGGUCCCAAGUUUGACAUCGAUAUGAUGGUUUCACUUCUGAGGCAAGAAAAUGCAAGAGACAUUUGUGUGAUCCAGGUUCCUCCAGAAAUGAGAUACACAGAUUACUUUGUGAUUGGUAGUGGAACUUCUCCCCGACACUUACAUGCCAUGGCCUUCUACAUUGUGAAAAUGUACAAACACCUGAAAUGUAAACAUGACCCUCAUGUUAAGAUUGAAGGGAAGGACACUGAUGACUGGAUGUGCGUGGAUUUUGGCAGCAUGGUGAUUCAUUUGAUGCUUCCAGAAACCAGAGACAUCUAUGAAUUAGAGAAAUUAUGGACCCUACGUUCUUAUGAUGACCAGUUAGCUCAGAUAGCACUUGAGACGGUACCUGAAGACUUCAUUCUUGGAAUAGAAGAAGAUACUUCAUCUGUGACUCCAGUGGAGUUCAAAUGUGAAUAAAAUAUUUUAUGCACUGCUUUAGUCAUUUCAGAUUUGGAUUGAGUCACUUAUUGGAAAAUACAGCUCCUAAAGCCUGCCUCCUUGGUUAGGCUGCUCUUAGGACAAGGCUUGUCUACUUCAUGGGCACUCCUGUUAACUGACAUGCAGAGACUGUAGAUAAGUGGGCUAAUACCUGCAACCAAAAAUCAGUACACUCUACCCAAAACUUAUGACACGCUGCCUUUAUCCUAGAAAUAUCAUCAGAAUUUCCUGGAGUUAGUUAGCACUGGAAAUCUUAACCCUGUUUAAUGGAAUAGCAAAAAUUUUUAAAAGUAACAUAAAAUGUACCACCAGCCCACUGGUCCUAUUUUUAUACUUUUUCUUUGAGGUGAUAAUAUUCUUCUAGGAGGACUUCUGUAACCCUUCCAUAAUACUCCAGUAACAAACGAAAGUAAACAAAGUGUUAGGAAAAACUCUGAAAGCUCUAGUUCUUAGUUCAUAUGCAAGAGUAUUAUCAAGGUUCACAUUAAGUACUAUGGCCAGACAUGGUAUAACAGAAAUCUGUCUAUAGAGUUUGAAAAACUCAGAUUCAGAAUGUUCACAUACAAUUGAAAACCAGAAAUAAAAUGUACUACACAACAAGCUGCACCUAAAUGAUGAAAAACUUUAUUCUGCGUCAAGAUACCUGGAAAAUGAAGCUGCAUUUGGGGCACAUUAUACAUGAGGAAUGAUCCAUAUACGGUGAGUACAAAACUCAGUUAUAGAAUUAUUUCUUAGCUAGUACCAGAUACUCCAAAUUACAAAUGCUUAAGUAAAAGUAAAAUAUGAUUUGCCAUACUAAAAGGCUAGAAGUGAAAUAUGACAGAAUUUAAACCAGCAGAUAUAAAUGCAGCACCUAUGUGUAUAUUUUUAAAAAAUCAAAUAUUGGGGAAAAAAUAAUAUUGAGAAAAGCUCUGGCCUUAAACACAUCUCACCUGAAAUCCAACCAGAAAGCCAGUCCAUGAUUUUAGCAAUUUUAAUUCAUUGUAUGAAAAAAAAAAAUUAUGAAUGCUAGGAUAAUCCAGUUACAAAAAGGGCACUUUUUUGGUUAAAACUACAAAAGAAACUUGUUUUGUGAGAACAUUAAGGAAAACAUUUUAAAUCAUUUUCAAAAUGUCUAAUUGAUAUGAUCUUCAGAAAAACAGUUUGUAUAGAAAUUCAUCUUGAAAUAAGAAUGAGGCAGUGAUUUUUUUUAAAGGGAUAUAUAUAUAUCCUUUAGAUCAGUGUAAUAUGACUGUGAUCAUCUUACAAACAAAACUCAAAAUCAAUUCAGAGAGCAGCGUGGCCUUGGAGACCACCCACACCCAACACAAUUGUACACAUUGGGCUUUGCUGUCAGGCUAAGGAGUGAGCAAAUGAGUUUGGUAUCAAAGGUCAUAUGUUUUUCACAGUCAUUCAAAUUAUAUCCCAAAAACUUUUCUU